GUAUAUACAUUAUUGCUGUCAUUAAUUGCUAUUGCAGUAGUAAAAGUCGUCUCCGCUUCUCUAAUUCUAUACAAAGAUAUAAGGAUUCAUUUGAUAUGAAUUUCUUUCAAAAAUAUCCUUUUACGUGGUUAGCUAUCUUUGUAUCGUUUUUGGUUUUUAUUGAAAGUUUUACUCCAGUAGAACGUGUAAGACAGAGUAUUGCCCUCGUAGGAAAUAAGCUUUAUUUUUUUGGUGGACAGACUGCUUUUUUGUCGUCAACAAAGGAUGUUUUCUACCUUGAUGUAUCUCCUUUACAAUUAAAUACCUUAAAUCCUUCAUGGACUGAUGUUUCGAAAACUGCCCCAAUUACCGUAAAUUCGUCAUAUGUGAGUGCGUGUGUAGGUGGAUCUGUUAAUAAUAGCGUAUUUCUUCUAGAAUACCAUAGUAAAGAUAAUGCAGUGAGUAGCGUGAUGAAUGUAUAUGUAUUUGAUGCGGGAAGCCAACGAUGGACUUCUUCUAUAAUAACUGGAACGGCUCCUGCGAGUACACAAAACUUUCAAGUUGCGAUUAGUAAUAAUGGCAAAAUAUAUAUAUUUGGAGGACAAAGCGUAGCGGUAGGUACCGUCAAUACUACUUUUUUAAAUAGCAUGAUUAUAUUAGAUUCGGUAAAUCUAUUAUGGUUACCAAGUGUAAGUUCUGGUACAUCAAAACCGCGUGAAACAAUAGAUCCCAGAGAUUCUCAUACAGCUGUGUUGGCUCCAAAUGGUUAUGUUAUCAUUUACGGUGGAUCCCGUAAUUCUACAAUUGCAGGUGUUUUUGCCUCCGAUAGCGAUGUUGUGUUUAAUGCGAAUAGGCUAAACCCUAAAAUAUAUAUACUUGAUACAACAAAUUACACAUGGGUCACAUCAAUUGACGUUAAUAAAACGAAUCAAAAUAAAACUGUUACCGCUACCCCUACAGGAACUCCAACCCCAAAUCCAAAUAUAGGAAUGAUUAUAGGACUUGUCAUUCUUGCGAUAGUUAUAGUAAUAGCAAUUGGUGUAGGUUUUUUCUUAUACAGAAGACGAACUAAAAAAUAUAUUAUCGCAAUGCCGGGCACAAAUCGUGAAAUAUAG